ACUGAGUUACUUACUAUGACACCAUUUUAUAAUAGUCAUGAUUAUUACAAAAAAAUGCUGGAAAUGCAGGAAAAAUUACGAAAGAGCGAAGAAGAAAGGAUUAGAUUAGAAGAGAGAUUCAAAGUGCUUUUACAAGAAUCUCAUAACAGGCACAAUGAGUCUGUAAAUCGACUGCGUUUCAGGUACAUAGAAUUUUUAGAGGAACAACGUACAACACAUGAAAGGAACUACAAACUACUCGAAGCCUUAGACAAGGUAGACAAUAGUCUUGCAUUGAUCACUGCAAGAACAGAUAGACUUAAUGUUCUUCGAAAACAUUAUGAAGCUUAUCUUCGUCAAAUAUACGGAGUUCAUAGUUCUCCAGGAAAUACAGCAGAUAUUGACGACAAUUAUGUGUCGGAUCAGACCAAUAAUAGGCACUUGAGAAAAAGUGCCGACGAGCACCAAAACCAUUUACCUCCUGAAGUAAAGAAUAUGUCGCCACGACGUUUGUUUCGGCCGAAUUAUGAAACAAGUAGUCUAACUACCUUACGCAUGUCCCCGAAAUUUCCACAAAGUACUCUUCAACAAUCACCGUUACCAAAUUUGCCAUCACCAGCUUUUCAACGAGGCCAAGCAUAUUAUUAUACAGAAAUAAAUUUGCCAAGAGAAACGAACGUUGAACAUUUCGAUCAAAUAUUCCCGCAACGAAUGAACACAAUUCAAACUGCGCCGCAUCUCGUAACACCUGACUAUAGUAGCAGUAAUAUACCGCAAUCUAAAUCUCUGGAAGUAUCUCAAAAUCGAAGUGGACCAUCGAGUUCACAGUAUUAUAUCAAUCCAACGUAUACGCAAUCUUUUCAACAGCAAAGCAGCGGAAUGUCAUUAGAUACUGUACAAACGGAAAUGAAGAGUGGCAAUGAAAGAUCGUUUUGUUUUCAAGAUACACCUGCAAGUAUGGAACGUAACGUAUCCGAUAUAUCUUCAAUGAAUGUGUCUGUAAAUUUAGAUAAGAAACUUGUUCCAAAUUACAUGCAUUAUUCUUUGAAAAAUUCCAAAUAUAGUCAAGAAUCUACUGCUGAGAGUCUCCAGUCUCCAGUAACAAGAUCCCACGAUGAGCACAUAAUGAAACGACAUGUUGUUCCGAAAUAUUUGAAUGAUAUAGACGCGUGUCGAUUUUCAAAAGACACGGCGCAAAUUCAUGUAGAAGGUAUGGAGGGCAAAGUUCCGAUAGUAAUAGACGAUGAGUUUGACAGGUACAUGGAUAAGAUUCGAAAGCUUCAUCAUGACCUUGACGAGGAAAGUUCGCAGAGGAUUCGUCAGCAACAAAAUACCAACAAUGGCGACUUUAAUAAGAGGUCAUUAAACGAUGAACCAGAAAUUUUGACAGACGCUAACCGAGGAGAAUACAUUCAGCAAGAAGAUGAAAAAUUAUUGGUGCUUGGCAAAAAUCUUGUGUCCGAAACCGUAAAUGUAAAUGAUGUUGGAAAAGAUGAGGACGAUAGAAAUAGAAAUCUGGAAUUGGUUCGGACCACGCGGAACUAUGCGCCAAAUUCUGAAAGAAUUCAUGUUGAAAUUUCAGAUGCGCACGAAGGACAUGUAGCAUCAAUGGCGUAUGCAAAAGACAGAAUUAGCAACGAUAUUACGUCACGUAAGCCAGACUUAGAUUCACAUCAAAAUAUUGGAAAGCCUAAAAACCAGAAUUCUGAUAAUCUAGGAGAUGUUCUUAUUUUGGAUCAAGUCGACGAAUCUCUAUCUGAAACGCAACGGGAUAAGUUUGUUCAUUCUGUCGAAGAUAAUGAUUUUUGUACCGCAGAGGAAUCACAAUUGGAGCAGUAUUUAUUUAACGCUGUUGAAGAAUUGGAACCAUGGAGUUUGAAUCAUGUUGAAAAGCAAAUAAAAGAAAUAGAUUUACUUGAUGAGAUUGAAAACCAUACCGGGAACAAAGAUUCAGUGGGUAACAAGCCUACAUUAGACGAAAAUGAUACAAAGAAUAUAGAAUCAGAUGACAUGGAGGAAAAUAUAACAGAUAAAGGAGACGUCAUAAAUAGUACGGACGUUGAAGAAGUGAUUUUAAAUGAUAUAAAUGACAGAUUAGAGCUGCGAAACAGUGAAGGCUUAGUGGACAAGAAUGAAAUUGAAACGAGCCAGAUUUCCACUUCGCAAUUUCAAGAAUCGCAGCAGGAAGAUGAAGAUGCUGAAGGAAGUUUGAACUACAAGAACAUGGUUCAAAAUGUAGUGUUAUCAAACAAAGAAUUGGAUGAGCAGAAUGACCACGAUGAUAAGCGCACAGAAGAAUACAGUGAAAAUAAUCAUAUGUCCGGUGUAAUAAAUGAAAGUAAUAUAAAUGAAAAUAAUGAACAAGAAAUUAUAUUGGGUGAAGAGUAUAAUAAUAAAAAUUAUGAAGAAUCUGAUCAAGCACAAAGUUAUGCGCAUAAUACCGAAAUACAGUAUUCUGAUUCAAGAGAGGGAUAUAAUUAUAAUCAGAAGGAGUCAUAUGGAAAUAACGAAAAUUAUAAAUAUCAAGGGUAUACUAAUCAAAUAUACGAACAAGGAUCGAAUGAACAUUACGGAGGACAUACAAGUGAACAAUACGGUGACGAUAUCAAUGAUCCUGAAAAUCUGCAUCAACACGAUUCUAAUGCGCAAUACCAAGAAGAUUCAGAAGAACAGUACAACCCUAGCCAAGAACAUGUAACAACAGAUACGAAUCAACAUUAUGAGUUUAACGAAGCCGAGGUUUCACAGGAACAAGAAUACAAGGUGGAACAGGAAGAAAAUGAAAAAUACAAAGAGCUACAGGAAGAAUCUAAAAGUGAAGAGGUAAAAGACGAUUUGGAAAAGGUUAAUGAAGGACAAAGUGGAACCGUAUCUUCUGAAAAUGCGCGAAAGGAAAAGAAAGAUGUAAUAAAAUCUUUAUUAGAUUCUGAUUCAGAGAGCACAAUCGAACGGAAUAUUUCAAAUACGGAAAGUGAUUUUGAUUUCAAUUGAAACGUGAAAGUCAUAGGUACCUUGGAGCGGAAUCUUUAAAAAGAUUAUUAAUUUCUUAUUAUCGUUUAAAGAUAGCUUGUUAAUUCUUAAAU